AUGACCUCACGCAGAUGGUUUCACCCCAACAUGAGCGGAGCUGAGGCCGAGAAGCUGCUCCUGUCCAGGGGCCAGCAUGGGAGCUUCCUGGCAAGACCCAGCAAGAGCUGCCCAGGGGGCUUCACACUGUCUGUCAGGCGCCACGAUGAGGUGACCCACAUCAAGAUCCAAAACACAGGCGACUACUACGAUCUCUACGGAGGGGAGAAGUUCGCAACGCUCGCCGAGCUGGUGCAGCACUACACGGGCCAGCAGGCGGCGCUGCUCCGCGAGCGCAGCGGGGCCCCGGUUGAGCUCCGGCACCCGCUGGGCUGCCAGGACCCCGUAUCUGAGCGGUGGUACCAUGGGCACCUGUCUGGCAAGGAGGCCGAGCAGCUGCUGAUGGAAAAAGGACGUCCGGGUACCUUCCUGGUGCGGGAGAGUCAGAGCAAACCGGGGGACUUGGUUCUGUCUGUGCUCACACAGCAGCCAGACAAGGAGGACCGCCGGCCGCGGGUCACACACGUCAUGAUCCACUUCCAGCCGGAUGGGAAGUAUGACGUGGGAGGUGGGGAGCAGUUCGACACCCUCACAGACCUGGUGGAGCACUACAAGAAGAACCCCAUGGUGGAGAAGUCAGGGAUUGUGGUGCAUCUCAAGCAGCCCCUCAAGGCCACGAGGAUCAAUGCCGCAAGCAUCGAGAGCCGAGUCCAGGAGCUCAGCAGGGCCACUGAAGCCAGCGAGAAGGCCAAGCAGGGCUUCUGGGAAGAAUUCGAGAUGCUGCAGCAGCAGGAAUGUCGGCUCCUGUAUCCACGGAAGGAGGGGCAGCGGUUGGAGAACAAGCCCAAGAAUCGCUACAAGAACAUCCUUCCCUUUGAUACCACCCGUGUCACUCUGCAUGAUGUGGACGACAGUGUGCCUGGUGCCAACUACAUCAACGCCAACUAUAUCAGGAGUGAUCCAGAGGAGAACCCAGGUCAUGGACUGGGCAAGGUGUACAUCGCCACCCAGGGCUGUCUGCAAACCACAGUAGCUGCCUUCUGGGCGAUGGUGCACCAAGAGAACACGCGGGUCAUUGUCAUGGCCACAAGAGAGGUGGAGCGAGGCCGGAACAAAUGUUUCCGGUACUGGCCAGAGCUACAUGGCAGCCAAGAAUAUGGCCGUGUACUUAUUUGCAACUUGGCUGAGUACCAGGCCCAGGGCUACUGUGUGCGGGAACUGCAGGUGUGGCGGCCAGAUCAGGAGGAGCCACCGCGCACAGUGAAGCACUACCAGUACUUCAGCUGGCCAGACCACGGGGUCCCGGCCGAGCCCUCCGGCGUCCUCGGCUUCCUGGAGGAGGUGAACAGGGCCCAGAGCAGCAUGCCGGGGGCCGGACCCAUGGUGGUGCACUGCAGCGCCGGCAUCGGACGCACUGGCACGAUCAUCGUGAUUGACAUCCUGGUGGACCUCAUCCGCCGGCAGGGUCUGGACUGCGACAUCGACGUUCCCAAGACGAUCCAGCUGGUGCGGCGGCAGCGCUCGGGGAUGGUGCAGACCGAGGCGCAGUACAAGUUCGUGUACCUGGCCCUGCAGCGGUACAUCCAGGGCGAGCAGCUGCGUCUGCGCCAGCAGGUGGGGGCGGGGCCGGGCUGGGGCGGGGGCUCGCGCGGACGCCACAUGGUGACCGACAGGUCCUCCUCCUCCCAGCGCGAGCCGCGGGAGGAGCGCGACUAUCUGGACGUGGGCAUCGGGCCGGCGGACCCCGGCCGCAACGCUGGACCCUUGUCGUCUCGGGCGCCGACGGCGACCCCGGAGGCCUCCGGCGGCGAGUACGAGAACCUGCGGGGCCUCGCGCAGUGA